CGAGUUAUAUGAACAAAACGUUUACCCCUCUCCUCUGUUUCUCACAAACUAGAAGUCUAGAAAAGAAAAGAAAGAACAUGGACACCGUCGUCUCCAAUUCAGCAUUACUAUCCAUACCACCCUUCUCUCCAGUCCGUACAGUUACUUGCAACUCUUAUUCACCAACCACUUCUCUCAAUCUCUCGUCAAAGAAGCACUUCUCCAGCUUCUUCUACACCCAAAAGAAACAAGUUGGUCAUCGCAACUCUUCUUGUACAGCUCCCAAGUUUUCAAUCGCUUCAAGUGCUGCUAUUCAGGAAAUCAACGAGACCCAGUUUCGGGAUACGGUUCUUAACUCGGACCGUCCGGUUCUUGUCGAGUUUGUUGCCAACUGGUGCGGUCCUUGCCGCUUAAUUUCUCCCGCCAUGGAAUGGGUUGCUCAGGAAUAUAAAGACAGAUUAGCAGUUGUUAAGAUCGAUCAUGAUGCAAACCCACGAUUAAUUGAAGAAUACAAAGUUUAUGGUUUGCCUGCUUUGAUUCUCUUCAAGAAUGGACAGGAAGUUCCAGAAAGUAGAAGAGAGGGUGCAAUUACAAAAGUUAAGCUUAAAGAGUAUGUGGAUGCUUUUUUGGAAUCUAUAUCAGUCGCAUAGCCCACUUCCAUUUGGAUUAGCGUACGUGCCUAUACCAUCACUUCAAUGACUGUAAUGUGGUAAUCCCUUCCCUUUUUCCCCCCCUCUUUUGACAUUCUAUAGUAUAAUUGAAGCUGUAAAUCUCCGAAAAUUAUCACAAGGAUGGAUUUCGCACUUAUUUUUUUAUUAAUAACCUACCUUCUUCUCGUUUCUCUCUUC